AUAUAUUCCUCCGAAAGUACCAGCCAGGACCAGUGACUUCUGCAGAGUCAAACCAGUGAGCAACAACUGUAUUACCCGGUGAGGAACAACCAUGGUGCUUAAGGUUGUCAUCUUGAUGGCGGUGGCGGUGGCGUCGUCUCUGGGACAAGACAACAUGGUCCAGGAGUCAGAGCCAGCGAGCGUCAUAACACCAGAGACACUGAGACCAUCCAUCCUGAGGGAAUUGCCCAAGCCCUUUGCUCCGGGAGAGUUCCCUUACUACUACCACCCCCACAGGUACCAUCCGUACUACCACUAUCCGUACCACCACUACCAGCACUAUCGCAACCACCCCAGCAGGGAAGACGGCAAGGGCGUAGCGGUCCACCCCGGGGGCGCUACGUCCUACAUCUUCCCCCAGGUGCACGGCAUCGGGAAGAGGUCGGCAGAGGCUUCGGCUGAACCCAGCUACGCCUACAGCUACAUGUCGCAUCUGCAUCCGUACUUCAACAGGCCCUUCGGAUACUACAGGAGGUACCCUUACUACGGUAGGCCCUUCGGCCUGUACCACCACCACCUGGACAAGAGGUCCACCCCAGUCAGGACGCCUGGUGAGCCUCAGUACAGCUUCGUCUAUCCGAGCGACCCUACCGACCCCUUCGGCAGCUAUCAUGGAUACAGUUACAGAUGGUGAUUUCGUUUCGGGAUAAUCAACUGGAUUGGCAGAAGGAAGUCACCACAACUUCGUCAGCCAUGUUGGAUAGCCUGCGAUCCUCACCGCUCCGCAUACACGUCUCCCAAGUCUGAUAGGCCAGUACGCUCACGCUGGUUUUUCGAGCUUGUUUUUAAAUAUUCUAGAAUAUUUUUUAUGUAUUAUUAUAUAAAUAAAACGGUGCAAAUUG